CUUCCCACCCACUCACAUGCAGCUCAGUUUGUUUCCUUUCAUGGGUGUUCAUACCUGCAGACAGGAUGAGAAGAAGAUUUUGAAAAUGUCACUGAAGCAACCGGCGCUGGUGUUACUCACUGUGUGCGUUGCAGCAGCGGCUCAGUGUUCCACCAUUUUAAAUGAAACCCAGGCAAGAGUGGACGUUCCCGUGGGUUCCACCCUGACUUUGUGCCAUCGACUGAAGCGCUGGACACCAAAGAGAUUCAGGAUAUGCUGGCAUUUUAAUCCAUCUGGACCCACGUUGGUCCACUCUGAGCAAUUGUUUUGCUCCAAUAUGUCAAACAGAACCGAGCACAAAGACACAUUGCUCAACUACACUUUAUCCAACGUCACUCAGCAGCACAGCGGAUGGUACUUUUGUCGCAUCCACGUGGAUAUUCCGACUCUGCUGACUAUGAACAGUAGUGGAACACCCGUGCUUAUUCAUGGUGUUUCUGUGCUUCCCACAGAUGCGCCCCCGCUGGACAUGUGGUGGCUGUGGGUCGCCGUUGGAGUGCUAGGCCUCAUCAUACUGGCCCUGCUGGUCUUGUGUGUGCUCCUGAUCCGACAACGUAAACGCAAAGAAUCACGCUGUGCAAUCUACGUGAACACACAUCAUUCCCCACGACCACCCGCUCUAGGGGCCCAACUCAGGGUGGACCCCAGCUCCCAGAGGGCACGCACCCCAAGUACUGCCAAGGACAACCACAGCAGCAGCAAACAGAGACCCAAACAGCAGCCAAGAUAGAGCCCACAAAUUCCACACAUUUUCUUUCCAAUAUGUAAUUUAUAUUUAAGACCGAGUUGUGAUUCCACUGUGGUAAUCAAUGUGUAUA